CUGCCUCCUUCAUCUCGUUCGAGCUCAUUAUUUUGCAUCGAAGACAGAAAUUUGUUGUUGUUAACGUACGUGUGUGGAAUUCGCCUCGUCGUUGCUCCUUUUCGUAUCGGUGGUGGUCAAUCGUUUUUCAUGCAUAUCAUUUAUUCAAAAACAAGACAAGAAACCGGUUCCUAUAAAUACGUGCUGAUGUUGUUCUCACUCUGUAACAUCCUUUAUUCAACGGCAGAAUUCGUCGCAAAACCCAUAAGUCCCUCCUUCAUGUAUCUUAGCAUUUUGAAAACAAUGAACAUUCUUAAGGUCUUUCAUCUUUCAACUCUUAUAAAUAAUAUAGUGAGAACAAUAACAUGUAAUCUAUUUAAGUUGCACAUUGUCUUCUUUAUGAUCUCCGAAAACUACGAAUGUAGGUUUAAGCUAAUCCUGUUUUAA